AUGAUUCCUAUCAUAUCAACUGAUCAUGAAUCAUCUGCUGAAGCUAUAGAUGGUGGGAAAUAUAAUUAUCACGGGACAUACGUUAAUGAAGAAUCAUCCGUUCAAGACUCAACAGAUAACUUAACAACUUCUAAAAAUAACGAUAAUAACAUACAUAUAUCUGAAGUAUCGUGCUCUACUACAUCAUCAAAUUUGGAUAAUGUUACUUCCAAUGAGACUAAGUUAACUUUACAUUCCUUGGCAUAUCGUUCCCCUGCUCCAUUUUGGUACGAACCAUUAGCUAUGGCGGCAAACCAUGCAUGCGAUUAUACAAUUAAAAUUACUUUAGAAAUGGCUAAAUCUGGUAAAGCUCCUAGACCAGUCCGUGUGUAUGCUGAUGGAGCAUAUGAUAUGUUUCAUUCUGGCCAUGCUCGUCAGUUGAUGCAAGCGAAGUGUGCCUUCCCUGACACUUACCUUAUUGUUGGUGUCUCUAACGAUGCAGAUGUUCACCAUUAUAAGGGUCGUACAGUCAUGAAUGAGAAAGAGCGUUAUGAAGCUAUACGACAUUGUCGUUAUGUGGAUGAAGUUAUAAAUGAUGCUCCUUGGUCUAUUACUGAUGAAUUUUUGCAGAAACACAAGAUUGAUUUUGUUGCACAUGAUGACAUUCCAUACGCAUCACCUGAUAGUGAAGAUGUGUACAAACCACUGAAAGAUGCUGGCAUGUUUCUUGUAACUCAACGUACAGAAGGAAUUUCUACUACUGAUGUAAUCGGACGUAUUGUACGUGAUUAUGAUGUUUAUUUAAGAAGAAAUAUACGACGUGGUUUGUCCAGAAAAGAUUUAAACAUUAGUUAUAUGAAAGAAAAAAGUAUUCAAUUACAAGAUAAUCUUGAAAACAUGAUGAAACGUGGUUCUACUUUUAUUCAAAAUUUUGAUAGUAAACGUCGUGAAUUUGUUGAUCAAUUAGAAGAUAUUUCACAUGAAGUUGUUCGUUCAUUUAUGCGUAUUUUUGGUUCUGAUGGUCAUUUACGUCAUUGGUGGUCAUCACGUCGUUGUAAAAGACCUAUAUCAGCAUUGAAUUCAACUUUUUAUACACCCCAAACAUCACCAACAUGUAGCGCUAGCGAAGAUGAUGAUGAUGAUGAGUCGGAAGAACCAUAUAGUAAAAAGUCAAGAAAAUGUUAUAGUAUGACAAUGUAUGGAUCAAAUUCCAGUAGUUCAUUUACUGAUUCUGAUGAACAGAUUAAUGAACAAAGAAUAUUAUGUAAAAAACGACCACGUGUCACUGGUGAUGAUUACCUAUCAACAUUUCAAACUGAAACUACCUUAACUAAGAAUACUACUACUAUAAACAGAUUUACGAAUGAAACUCGACGCAAUUUCUUCUCUCGACAAGGACCUAAAAGUGAACCUAAGUCACGUAGAAACAAUUACCGCAGUCUACGUUAUUGCACAGAAAGAAAUUAA